AUGUCGUACACCCCUUCCGAAGACGAUCUCCGGCAAAUCUACGUCGGCAAAGACAUCGCCGACGUCGCCAAGCCAUGCGCCGUUCUCGACGCCGCCAUCAUCCGGCGAAACUGCGCGAAGAUGAUCCACGCCGUGAAGGCGCUGAACGUCGGGUUCCGCGCGCACGUUAAGACACAUAAAACCACACAAAUCACCAAAUUACAAAUGGGCUCGACCGAGGAGACAUUCGAUGUGAACCUCGUCGUCUCGACCGUCAACGAGAUCCACCAUCUCGUGCCGCUCCUCAAGGAAUUCCGCGCUCACGGCCGCCGCGUGAACGUUCUGUACGGCAUUCCGCUGGUACCCUCGCAGGUUCCGCGUCUGGCGAGUCUCGCGCAAGAGCUCGGCGAGGACACCAUCACGGUGAUGGUUGAUCACCCGGACCAGAUCGAAUUCCUGCGUCAGUUCCAUGCGCGGACGGGCUUCCCAGCCUGCGUCUUCGUCAAGGUCGACACGGGGUAUCAUCGCGCGGGGCUGCCGCCGACGGGCCUGAACAAGGACGGUCUGUUGAAGGGACUGGCGCAGGCGGAGCGCGACGGCCACGCGCGCUUUCUGGGCGUGUAUUCGCACAGCAGCCUUAGCUACGCGGGGAGUACGCCCGAAGAGGCGAUGGGGCAUCUGACGGCGGAGAUUGAGGGGUGUCGGGAGGCGGUUCGCCAGCAUCUCGAGCUGCUGCCGGAGAGGGAGCUGGUGAUCAGUGUGGGUGCGACGCCCCAGGCGGCUUCAGUGCAGAAUCUCUUGCAAGGGCAGGGGGAGUUAUCGGCGGAGGCGCAGACCCUGCGAAAGCUGUUGCGCGAUCCCUUGCCCGGCGCACGGGUGAUGGUUGAACUGCAUGCAGGCAACUACGCGGUGCUGGACAUGCAGCAGGUGGAAACGAACGCAGAGAGCAGAGGGAGUCUGGAAAAUGAGGUGGCCCUGUCGGUGGUUGCGGAGGUCUGUAGUUUGUAUAAUAGCGGCGAGCGAGCGCAGCCCGAGGCGCUCCUGGCGGCGGGGACGUUGGCGUUAGGCAGAGAGCCCUGCCAUAGCUAUCCCGGCUGGGGAGUGGUCGGGCAGUGGCGACGGGAGGCUGCGCAGUCUCGUUUGAUCCUGGCGCGCAUUAGCCAAGAACAUUCGAUCGUGUCGUGGGAGAGGGAAGGGGACCAGAUUCCGCAGAUCCCGCUAAAGGUAGGCCAGGCUGUGCGGGUUUAUCCGAACCAUUCGUGCGUGACGGGUGCCAUGUAUGGCUGGUAUCUGAUUGUAGACUCCGAUCUGGACGACGGGUCCAAGGUGGUAGAUGUGUGGGCGAGAGCGAGAGGAUAUAGCGCUUUGCCGGCUUAG